AACCGCCACAAAGGUGCAUUUCGUAUUUUUACUUAUCUCAAAACUCACAAAAUACACAAAAAGAAAGUCUGAAAACCGUGGGAAUAAUUUGAAUGUUUACUAUAUUAACAAUAUCAUGUUGACAGUAAAUCUGAGUGGACUUCAUUAUAUAACGUCUGUUUCAAUAUUUUUCCGGCCAUUAUAAGGUUUGGACACACGUGCAACUGUUGAUUCCAUCAGGCGUUCGUGAAUUGAAUAAUAUGUUGCAGUUUUGUGUCUGUAUAAUCAUAAUUUUAUCCGUUACUAAAUGUUUUUGUGAUGUUAUAAGUGUUUAUCCCAUACCAUGGGAGGGAGAGGAUGCAUUUCAGACUACCUGGAAUAUGAUAAAAUCUCAAGUCCCGAAGCGCAUUGAUCAAAAACGAUUAAAACGUACAGGUCAUUCGCCAAUGAAACAGCACAAAAGCUCAACCACACCACCGACCACUGAACGAUCAGGUUACAUAAUUAUACCAAUAUUACCGGAACCAAAGUCACGGUAUCAGGACUUGUACAGGGUGAAACUCCCGCCAUCGAAUAAGAAUUAUCUGGAAAGAGCGCAACAAUGGUACCGCAAAACAAAUCGACGCAUCAAAAUCAGAACAACAACAACGACGACGACGACGCCUGCACCGAGGCCGGAAGCAAGCGAUGACUCUGUGUACUACAUAGACUUCAAGAACUUCAAAGUCAAAUUCUAUUACAACAUCAAUGUAGACUUUUAGAGCAGAAAGUUCUUUCAAAUUAUAAGAGAAGAU